CAUUCACUAAUACAAAUUUUUUCCAACAACAUCAGCUGCCAUAACAACAAAACAAUACUUAAAUACUUGUGCAUAGAAUGAAACCUGCACUGCGCUUACCCGCACACAUACAUACAUAUAAAAACACAUACAUAAACGAUUUUAUAUACAUAUAUUUUUAUCGACAUUCAUACCUACACUUACUACCGCUAAAUCCCUCAAAGAAAAACUAAUAAAAAUAAAUUAUUAUUAUGAUAAAAUAUUACGGAGAAAGAAAAAAACGCUACAACAAAUCAGAGAAAUAGUGCAAAAAAUUAUUAAUAAACGGAAGUUGUGCAUUUUAUUAAUCAAGCUGUGACAAACAAUCACAACAACAAUAACAAGAAUAAUAGUAACAAAAGUAGUAAGAACAACAAGAACAUCAACAGCGACUGCAAACAGAAGUGACUUAUUUUCUUUUUAUUAGCACACAUGGGCAAAUUAUUAUUAUAAUUUUUUUAUUUUUUUUUUUUAUUAUUAUUGUUUUUCGCUUCUGAUAUUUCCAUCUACGAGAUUUAACAGAGAUUCUGCUUGUUUGUUUACGUGUAUACGCGUGUUCAUGUCAAUGCUUUGUAAUUUUCGUUGUUGUUAUUUAUUAAUGAAAAAAAAAAAAAAGAUAAAAAUAAAAAUUAUAUGAUGCCGAUGGCAAGAUCAUAAUCAUUUACUUUGUAAUAAUGUUUGAAAUUCGCCAAAAAUUGGCGCAAAUCCGCCAAAAAAAAAAAAAUACGUAAAUAAUACCAAUAAUAAGAAAUCAAUCUUAUAAGAAGUGAAUUAAAACAGAAAUAAAAUGUUAAUCAUUUAAAUUCCAAUGAACGAAAAAUAAGAAAGUUAAACUACAAAUACUUACUUACAUGUAUAAAGAGACUGUAAAUGUUGACGAAGUAAUCUGUGAAAUAUUAAUAAUUAAAAAUGGAGUAAAUUUGUAUGAGGGCGAACACAACACUAGCAUAUAUGCAGACUAUCUUGAAGUUUUCAUAGCUGUAAAAGGCUAUUUUGGCAUUUGUUGUUGCUUUUUUCAUUUUGGUUGAAAUAAACAAGAAGCAAGAUUUUUGGCAAAUUCCGUCCACUUUUAAUUUAAAGGCAAACACAUAACAUUUAUAUGUUCACACAAUUGAAAGGCUAUAGAAAAUUUUUGGCAGAUAUUUAUGCAGCAAGCGAGAGAACAAAAGGAUAGUGAUACCAAAACAACAUGUAUUCCUUAAGUAGCCAAAAAAAGAGGGAAAUAAUUAAAUAAAAAUUAAAAUAUUAACUUAACCAAAAAAGAAGUAGAAGAAGAAAAAAGGAAACCGAAAAAGAACUGAAAACAUUAAGAGAAGUUCAUUCAGUUUGAGAAAAACUGAAUAAGACCAAUAUUAUAUUUAUAAACAGACAGUAGGCCAAUGACUGAAUCAACACAAUUACAAACAACCGAAAAUAAUAACACAGGCAUUGUUAAAAUGGAACCAUUACCGCCUGCUGUUUCAGCGUCUACUGCCAGUGUUACAAAUCCAGCAACAUCACCGUCGCCCAUCUCCACAGCUAUGGAGCAACAGACACAACAACAGCAACAGCAGCAGCAACAGGAACAAUCAGCUCUACAACAUCAACAUCAAGCGCAACAAAUACAACAUCACUUAAAACAACAACAACAACAACAACAUCAACAACAACAACAGCCACAACAAUAUGCUUUAAAAUGGAAUGAUUAUCAAACCUCGAUGCUGACUUCAUUUCGCCAUUUACGUGAUGAAGAAGAUUUCGUUGAUGUCACUUUGGCCUGCGAUCAGAGAUCUUUUACCGCACACAAAGUAGUGUUAAGCGCCUGCAGUCCGUACUUUCGUAAAUUACUGAAAGCGAAUCCAUGCGAACAUCCAAUUGUUAUAUUGCGUGACGUACCCGCUGACGAUGUUGAGAAUUUGUUAAGUUUUAUGUAUAAUGGUGAAGUAAAUAUCGGACAUGAGCAUUUACCCGAAUUCCUUAAAACGGCGCAUUUACUGCAAAUACGUGGUUUAGCCGAUGUAAAAAAUACAAAUAAUACAUUUUCCAUGCCCCUUAGUACAAGCACGAAGCCCUUAAGCAAUGUUGUAAAUAACAAAGGCAGUAAUAGCGGCCAUAACAACAAUGUGAACAACAACACCAACGUCAGUUGUAGUAUGAUAGGCAGUAGCGGUAGCAACAAAUUAAAUUUUCUAGCAGCUGCCACACAAGUUCUUAAUAAUUCCAGUUCCUCACCAUUUAAUGCGCCCACGCUGAAUUCGGCGUUACCGGGGAAUAGUUUAGCGAUUAAUAACAGUAGCAAUAGCAGCAACGGUAUUAACAACUUUAACAAUAACAAUAAUAACAACAACAAUAAUAAUAAUAAUAAUAAUAAUAACAGCAAUAUUAGUAACAACAAUAAUAAUAAUAAUAACAGCUGUAGUAGUAAUAGCGGUAAAUCGACAGCAACAACAACAACAACAGCAACACCUGCCAUACAGGAAUUGAAGGCAUCCUCAGCGUCACCAGUAAGAAAAACCAAUAACACUAAAGCCAAUCAUUGGGAUCUAACGGAUAAUGAAAGCAACCGCAAUAAUCACUUGACACCUCCGCCUCAGAAAAGGAUUAAAAGUGCCGAUCUAUUUAGGGCACAACAUGGCAUCAGUCCUGAACGUUUGCUUAUAGAACGUGAGUUUCCGGUAGCCGGACAACAUCCUCUCACACGUACGCGCAGUCGUGAAACGUCGCGUGAUCGUGAACGUGAAAUGCGUGAAUCACUUUUGGGACAAGCUUUAGAAAACAGCAAUGGAUUACAGAAACUUCACGGUGAUCUUAGUUCGUUGCAUGCGCAAAGUGCUGGCGAAGAUUCCAAUAGCAGUGAUACCGAGCCAUCAGAUCGGGGUGAUGGUCCGCAUGAUGGCACCACAAUGGACUCCCUAGACAAUCAACGUUCACAUACAUUUCCCAGCGCUUUUCUUGGCCUACAAGGUAUAUCCGGCCUAUUGCCCGGUCCAUCCGGUAUGGCAGCCAACGAUUUCGUUACUCGGCGCACUUUAGAAAUGCGCGUAAGAGCUACCGACCCACGUCCAUGCCCUAAGUGCGGCAAAAUUUAUCGUUCGGCUCAUACUUUACGCACUCAUUUAGAGGAUAAGCAUACCGUAUGCCCAGGCUAUCGUUGCGUAUUGUGUGGCACUGUAGCGAAAUCACGUAAUUCCUUGCAUUCGCAUAUGUCACGACAACAUCGCGGUAUUUCCACCAAAGAUUUACCCGUACUACCUAUGCCGAGUGCUUUCGAUCCGGAAUUGGCUUCGCGUUUAUUGGCCAAGGCUGGUGUAAAAAUAUCACCCGCUGAGUUAAGAGCCAGAGCUUCACCCACUAACUCGAGUCCUAGUCAAGGAGGCGGCAACGGUGGCGGCGUUAAUCAAAAUAAAAUGGAUCUCAGUCUAUCAGGCGGUAUGAAGGAUGAAGUUGAUGGUUCGGACGAUGAUCCUGAAGACUUAACGACAAGCAAUAGUGGCGGUGGUUAUGGCCACUUAACCGGUACAAAUGGCGGUAGUAAUGCGGAUUUAACUCGCUAUCAUGAAAAUCUAUUAAAUAAUUUUGGUCAUGCAAAUAGUAGCUUAUCUCGUAUCAAAAAUGAAGCAGUUCCCGCUGCAACUGGAAAUCAAAUAUCAACCAGCACUGCUCCUGGACAAUCGUUAUUCGAUACAUAUCUACAAUUUAUAACGGAAAAUCCAUUCGCGAUGGGUAUGUCUCAAGAGCAUGCUGCUGCUGCCGCUUUGCAUGCUAAAAUGGCUCAGUUAAAUGCUAUGAACCAUAGCUUGGAGAAGUUACCAACUGGAUUAUUCCCGCCACAAUUCGAUCUCUCGAAAUUGGCUAGCACAGCGGCUGGAGCGGCUUUUAAUGCGGCAGCUGCAGUUAAUAGUAGUGGACUGACUAUAGAACCGAUUUUGAGGCGCGAACAAUCUUCAGGUCGCUUACAACACUCACUAGAAAAUGGUUCCAAUAUGUUAAUAAAUGCAACAAAUAGCAAUAAUAAUGGCGCAAAUAACGCUAAAGGCGUAGGAGAUAUGCGAAGAGACACAAGCGAACAUAUGGACUUGGGUUUAGAUAAUAUUAAUCAAUCGACCAGCAACCAAAAUACACAGGAUAAUAACGGAUCGGAUAAUGAAGAUAAUUAUUCAGAUGAAGAAACUCAAGAACAUAAUAAUUAAAAUUAAGAAAUUUUGAAGAUAUGCAUUUUGUACUUAAUGAAGUGAAAGAAAAAAAAAAAUUAUAAUAACUUGAAGCCUUUGCAAUGUAUACCAGUUUAAGUAAAAAAAAAAAAAAAAAAACAACAAACCCUUUUAUGAUAUUCUUACUUCUUAUUGUUAAAAAUAAUAUAUUUAUUGUAUAUAGUAUACGAUUUAUAAUGCUUGCAAUGGAACGCAUAUACUCGGGAUUUAUUGAAAAAUAUUUCCUUGUUUUAUUGUGACUACAAAUAACAAAAACAAAAAAAAUAAAAAAUAAAAG